GGAAUCGAUUUUCGAUGGACCUGGGUCAUGGAGUUGAUGUUAUGCUUGAACUGUCGCAUGUCGUUAUUCUUAUUCGUGGGUUGUGGUGUACGCGUGUGCUCGAGUUUUUAGCUAUGUGUUUUUGGGAUGCAUUUGUUGUUUCGUGAAGAUUUCAAACUGGGUAACAGUUGUGUGGCAAGGCCGGGGUCGAGUACCUUUGGCGACCCGCUGGUCAUCGAAAGUGCUCCCGGCUGCCAUGUGACAAGUCCAGGGAUAGAUCGUCUGGAAUCCCCUCCUGAUCUUCCUGUUCCUGUGCGGAAAUCUUCGAAGAAGCGUCAAGUCGUAAAGUGGGAUCCCGCUAUUGAUUCUUGUGCGAAUUCGUUGAGGAUUCCUUCUCCUGGAGUCAUGAGCAACAACAGUGGGUUUAGUCGAAGUUUCGACAUGAACCAGUCUUUACCGUCAAUUGGGAACGCGGGUCGUGUCAUCCUGACCAAAUUCCUUUUGAACCCGUUAACCAGAGCAAAUGGCCUGAACUCAUUAUCUUUGGUUGGUGGCUUGAGUCCAAGCGUGAAUCUCUCAGUUGGAACUAAUCAAUCCCUGGAUCAAAGUGGAUGGUCUUUUUAUCAAUUUGUGAGGAACGAAGUUUCAACAGCGGGCUCCAGAAAUCCCCACAAAGCUGUUUUCUCGCUCAAUGCUAAAACUUCCCGGAUUCUGAUUGCCAACAAACUCGGUUGCAGAUUGCUCGGAGUGUCAGCGGAAGAGAUAGCCUCACAAAAAUUGAAGUUGAAGCAGUUUUUGCGGGAAACCAAGUAUCAAGAUGCGAUUACGGAGAUGGAAGUGGACGGUAGUGGAGAUCCCGUCAUUUUCCCCGGGAAUGUGGUGGAAAUUACUGCAAAAAAUGGCAAAAGUGUUUUGGUUUCAUUAUGGGUCCGGCUUUUGAAUGGAGCUGAAGGUGCUGAUGAGAAUGUCGCAGUUGCGGUUGCUGAGCCCGUUAUUCGAGCUGAUGCUGUUUUGCAACUCGGAACCGAAGGAAAGAUUGUAUGGUUUGACGCUGUAGCCCGCGAAAUUUUCGACCUCUCCGAAGACCACUUGAACGAAAUGGACGCCACAACACUUUUACCCAAGCUCAGCAUCUCUUCCGAAAUGCCUUCGGAUCUCGACUGUAGUCUCAACCAUCAGUCCCUGGUUGCCAGAGGUGUCGAUGGUCUCGGAACGUUUCCCGUGACAGUGACAACGUUUGAGUCGUCUGACUUGGCAACCAUGUGCGAAAUGGCUGCCCCGCAAGCCGAAGAAUUCCUGCCUGCGGAUUUUGAUUUCGAGCGUGGAACCCACGUUGUGGUUGUGUCGAUUUAUGGGAACCUCAGUGGGCUAGUGUUGGUGGAUGAGGAUGGGAAAAUUGUGGAUGUGAACCCGAGUUUCGCGCUGCUCACUUUUGGGUGGAACCGGGCUGCCGUAGUUGGUCAGAGUGUCAAAGUUAUGCUGCCAACUUUCUAUCGGGAUUGCGAAGUGGAUGAAUCAGAUUCAAUGCCAUUGCCUCCGAUGGAUGACAUGAAGGAUGACUGA